AAUCAAAUUUUCAGUUAUUUUUCACACACAAUCCUCUCUGUCCCACUAUCUCUUUACGCUACCAAAAUUCCGAUAAUCGGAAUCACACAAUCCUUACAAACACUCUGUCAAUAACAAUAACAACUAUAUAUAUUAUAAUAUAAUAUAUACAUAUUAUAUAUAAUAUCACCGGAACUCGACGGUUUUAUAACUGUUUUCAUAGAUCUCGCUUCGGAAGCAGCAGUAACCACUUAUUUUAGGAUCGGAGAAGUUGCGGCGAUGGAGAAAUCGCCGGAACCGGUGAGUAAGGAAGAUCAGGUUAGCUCGAAUUCAGUAGAAGGUUCUGGAAAGCUUGAGAAGGAAGUUACUGAAGAAAGCAGUAGCAGCAGCAAAAUAGGAGAUGAUGAUACUGCUGCUGUUGCUGUUAGUAAAGAUGCUUCUGUUGCGGUUACUAAUGGCGGUAACGGUCAUUCCGGGUCUGAUGGCAGGAGCUUACCUACAUUGCGUAAAUUGCAAUCAGAAAUCUCGAGUUUUCUAUUAGGAAGUGCUUCUAAGUUAGAUUCAUCAUCUAGUCAGUUUAAGCUGGAAAAAUCAAAAACUGAAAGGCCUAACCGUAGUUAUAUGCUUGCUGAAGAGAGACCUUACAAGCAUAAUGAAAAGCUGUCUGCACAACAGCAGCUCCAAUUGUUGAACAGAAUUGCUACUGUAAAAGAUGAUGGCACAGUAGAAUUUGAGAUGCCUUGCGAUCUUGAAAUGAAUGCUUUGGGGGGUGGAAAUGGGCAAGUUUACAAUGUAUGCGGUGAAGAUAAUCCCGACUCAUCCGAACCUCGGUAUUUUCGACCAUUACAAAUAGUAAUACUUAUUGUUGGAACUCGUGGUGAUGUGCAGCCAUUCGUUGCAAUUGGAAAACGUUUGCAGGAAUAUGGUCAUCGUGUUAGACUGGCAAGCCAUUCAAACUAUAAAGAGUUUGUCUUGACUGCUGGUUUGGAGUUCUACCCUCUUGGUGGAGAUCCUAAAGUUCUUGCUGAAUACAUGGUUAAGAAUAAAGGGUUUUUGCCUUCUGGUCCUUCAGAAAUUAAUGCUCAGAGGAGUCAGAUGAAAGACAUUAUUUUUUCAUUACUUGCAGCAUGCAAAGAACCUGAUCUUGAUACCGGAAUUCCUUUUAAAGCAGAUGCAAUGAUGGCCAAUCCCCCAGCAUAUGGACAUACACAUGUUGCAGAAGCACUGAAAAUACCCAUUCAUAUAUUUUUUACAAUGCCUUGGACGCCUACUAGCGAAUUUCCUCAUCCUCUAUCUCGUGUCAAGCAACCGGCUGGAUAUAGACUGUCAUAUCAAAUAGUUGACUCUUUGAUUUGGCUUGGAAUUCGAGACAUGAUAAACGAUGUUAGGAAGAAAAAGCUGAAGCUGCGACCUGUUACGUAUCUAAGUGGUUCUCAAGGCUCUGAUGCUAAUAUUCCGUAUGGAUACAUUUGGAGUCCUCAUUUAGUUCCCAAACCAAAAGAUUGGGGACCUAAAAUUGAUGUGGUUGGAUUUUGUUUCCUUGAUCUUGCUUCAAAUUACAAACCUCCUGAAGAUCUUGUACGCUGGCUUGAAUCUGGUCCAAAGCCUAUCUACAUUGGGUUUGGUAGCCUUCCUGUUCAAGAGCCUGAGAAAAUGACACAGACGAUUGUCAAAGCUCUAGAAAAGACAGGACAAAGAGGCAUCAUCAACAAAGGAUGGGGUGGCCUUGGUAACUUGAAAGAGCCAAAGGAUUUUAUUUAUACACUGGACAACGUCCCUCAUGACUGGCUUUUCUUGCAAUGUGCAUCUGUGGUACACCAUGGAGGCGCUGGAACUACAGCUGCUGGUCUUAAAGCUGCGUGCCCAACUACAAUUGUACCUUUCUUUGGUGACCAACCCUUUUGGGGAGAACGAGUUCAUAGCAGAGGUGUUGGGCCGCCACCCAUACCUGUUGAGCAGUUUUCACUGAACAAGUUGGUUGAUGCUAUUAAAUUUAUGUUAGAUCCCAAGGUAAAGGAACGAGCGGUGGAACUUGCAAAGGCAAUGGAGAAUGAGGAUGGUGUUGAAGGGGCUGUUAGAGCCUUCUUAAAACAUCUUCCACUACAAAUGCCCGAUAAGAAUCCCCCAACUAAACCUGCAAAAGUACCUCCAACCAAACCCUCAAAAGCUUCUCCACCCAAACAGUCGAGUUCACGACCACCCAAACGUUCAAGUUCAAUUUCUAUAUCUGGUUGUUUUGGGUGUGCAUAAGUGCAAACUUUACAAUUGAAGUAUUGAGUAACCAGUUACCACCUCUACUGAUAUAUGUUUUGCCAGCAUGCGUAUCUCAAGUUUCUAUCAAGUAUAGCCUCUCAUUUUAAUGUGUGUACUUUAUGCAUUUGAUGUCACCGUUGAUAGAAAUUUUGCAGUCCUGUUUGCCUUGCCAAAAAAAUAGUGAAAGGAAAAAGAAUCAUGCUGCCUCAUUGCUCUAUUGUUUGAUUAUUUGUUUUCCUGUUCAUGUAUAUUCAUUUACGCGUUAGAAGGGUGUUUCUUCUUUGAUUUGGUUUUAGCCGUUUUGUAAUUUGUAUAGUUCAUCCUUUUAUAAUUACUAUUUAUAUUGAGUUAUACUGUAUUUAUUAAUUUAUAUAAAACCAAAGUUGAUUA